AUUUUUGUAUAUCCACUCUUUUUCUCUCUCAUUCAUUUUCUAAACAUUAUUUCGGAGAAAGAAAGAUGUAGAUUGGCCAAUGUUGGUUGAUCAUGAAGUGCUAUAAAUGGGUAAGUGCAAGAUUUAUUUAAUAAUUCACUUUCAAUGACAAUACGAAAUGCUCUGAUUCAAACUUCCCCUUCCCCUUAUUUGGAGCCUCAGAAUUUUUUAACAAGAGUGGAAGGGGUCCCAAAAUUUGUACAAGGAAUAUUUUAGGGUUUCUGAAAUUAGAAAGAACUGUACAACCCUUUCUUGAUGCUAAAUACAGGAAACCCAAAUAUUUGCUUUGGAUUUUUUUCCAAAGGGUGCAUGAUGUAGACAUUUCUUCUCCAUAGUUUAAAGACUAUAUGGUAAUGGUGGAUUAGAUCUCAUCAGAGGGAUUCUAGAAGCUUUGGAUGUGGCUCAGAUUUUGAUAAUUGAAGGUUUCCUUUGCCUGGAUGCAGCUAUUCACCAUACAUGUAAUUUUACGCUGUGCAUGUGAUUGUUGAAUGUUUCUUAUAUGAUCUAGAACUGGAAAAGAAUAUACUUCUUUUCCUUAAAAAAAUGGAACAAUAAGUUUGAGUCGCCAUUACCUAAAUAUGCUUUCUGUUAUUUGAUUCUGCAAUGGGCGAUAUUAUCGUGGUUAUUCUUCGUAACCAUGAAAUUGGGACUUUCCUGUGCAUUAAAGUAGCAAGGUUGCUGACACUUUUCUACUUUUUAUUUUAAAAGCUUCAAGAAUCCACAGUUCCUAUCUGGUGAAAAAAUUGACAUCCAUGACGGAAGUACUCUAAGGUCUUAAGACAGCCAAGGAGCUUUCUACUGCCAAAGAGGGAGAACCCCUGAAAGAGAGAACGUGAUAGCUAAAGAGAGUGAGAGGGAAAGAAAGACAGAACUGUCCAAACACCUUGAUUUUAUUUAUUGGAUCAUUAACUAUCACACCAACCAAAUAUGAAUUCUUUCAGCCCCAUCUGUCUGCUCCUAUGCAUCUCUACACUCACACUUGCAUUUUUCCCAAGAACAAACGCCCAAUCGCCGAGUGAAGAUGAUGUUCCACCUUCCAUCGUGGUUCAGCCUGAACCGGUCAACAUUGACACAAGGAAAGUAUUGUUACUGAGAUGUGAAGCUUCAGGAACACCAGAACCAACCUACAAGUGGGAGAAGAAUGGUACUUUCUUUGAUGUGGACCAAGAAGUUCAUGCUCAACUUGAAGGGGGAAACCUCAGGAUUUAUCCUGUGACAAAGGCUGACAAUGGAAUCUACCAAUGUUUUGCUAACAACCAUCUUGGUACAGCAAUGUCACAGAAAAUAUUGGCUGCAGUGGCAUUCAUGGACCAAUUCAAGAGCACAGCAUCUGAGACAGUAACAAAGCGUGUGGGAGAAUCCCUAAAGAUGAACUGUGGAGGUAGCGGUGGUCUCCCUGCUAGCCAUCCUGCUGCAUACGUAUACUGGACUGACGAUUCAGAGAAACCCACACCGAUCACCUACAACGCGCGGAUUAACCAGGAUCUCAAUGGGAACCUGGUCUUUUCGAACGUACAACCAAGCGAUGAAAAGGGUUACUACUGCCUCGCUAUGAACAAUGCAGUCGGGUCUUCUCAGAGGUCUCCGCUGAUCAGUCUGAACAUAGACACAGCCGAUGACAGUCAGAUUCCGAACAACCCCACCAAGAAAGAAAUAGCCCCCAAAUCUCGGAGGUUCCGUCGUGAGAACACUCUGCUGGGGGCUGUUUCUGAACAUUUUUAUGAUGAAUCACCUUCAUUACACAUUUCAAAGAGAGAUUUGCCUCCAGCACCUAACAAGGCAGCCGUCUUAGCGACAAAGCCAGCAGCUUCUGAAAUUGCUGUCAGAUCCCAGGAAUUUAAAAUGAAAUGCAUUGCCUAUGGAAACCCAACCCCUGAUAUUACAUGGACGCGAGGAGAUGAGCAGCUACAGUCCGAAGGACGAGUAAUUAUUGAAGAAUUCGGGCAGGAGCUGGUCAUCUCCAAUGUCGACAGCAGUGAUUCAGGGACGUACACAUGCACUGCAAGGAACUCAGAGGGUGAAGAUUCAUUCAGCACAGUGGUUAGCGUGGAAUCUGCUCCUUAUUUCCCAAACCCACCAUCGGAUGAAACAAAGGGACCUGGUGAAUCAGUGGAAAUUGUAUGCCUUGCUCAAGGUGUUCCAACACCCAAUACUGUGUGGCUUGUUAAUGGACAACCGUAUGAUGAAUAUGCAGCCAACGUUGAUCCAGUUACUAAUACAGACAGUAGAUGGACAGUGAUUUCCGGUGUAGAUAAACGAGCUACCAUAUCCAUCACCAACCUGCAGACAACGGAUAGCAAUGUGUUUCAGUGUAUAGCCACCAACAAGUACAGGGAGGAACUCACAAGUGUUGUGCUAAAUGUAGUCUCCAUCCCAGCUAGGAUACCUAACUUUACACCUGUGACUAGAAGACUGAGUGUAUUACAGGAUGGUUCUGCAGAGUUCAUCUGUCAUGUUGAAGGAAGACCUACACCAACCAUAACAUGGACCUUCAAGGGAAUGGUGCUGACUGAUGGGGGCAAGUACAACAUUGAUGAUGUAGAGGGACGAUUAGUGAUCAAUGAUGCCAUGGAAGUGGAUGAAGGAGUCUAUGAAUGCACAGCUGAAAAUACUAUAGAUGCUCAAGUUCAUUCUGAAACAGAUGAUGCUACACUGACAGUGCUAGGCCAGACAACUAUUGAUGUUCCUCCUUUCGAUCUGACGAUCAAAGAGGGCGCUGUAGCCACUUUCCAGUGUGAGAUGUCAUAUGACCAGGAACUCGAUAGGCCCACUGUGAUUUGGAUGAAGGGUGAUCAGGAACUUGAAGCUGAUCCGGAUGAUAACUCCUUGAGAAUAGAGGAUGCCAUGAUUUCUGAUUCAGGAACAUAUACAUGCGUUGUAAAAACAACUGUUGAUCAGAAUGCUGGCACUGUACAGGAGGUGAAUGCUUCUGCUGAACUCAUUGUCAAAGGUCGUCCUGAGCCUCCCCAGGAUUUAGAGCUACGUAUCAAGGAAUCUGAGUUUGCAGUUGAUAUUUUCUGGCAACCAGGCAAUGACAACAAUGCCCCUAUCCAAUACUACAUGAUCCAGUAUGAUACCAAAUGGUCAGAUAUGCGUUGGCAGUCCCAAGCAAAUGAGACAGUCAAUGAACAGGUUAAUCCUCCAUAUCGUAAGGUCCUCCACCUUCAGCCAUUCGUGGACUAUAGAUUCCGUAUCAUCGCUGUGAAUGAGAUAGGUCAGUCUGAACCCAGUAAUGAGAUAGCACCAGCAGGGGAUCCUCAACCUGCUGCACCGUCCAAAAACCCUACUGGAGUCACCGGAGGUGGAACCAAUCCUCAAUCAAUGGUCAUAAGAUGGCAGGCCAUUCAUCCUUUCUACUACGGUGGUGAUGAUUUUCGCUACGUAGUUGCGUUCAAACCCAGAGGAUCUAACGAACCAUCUACAACCGCUGAUGUCUACCCAGACAACACCGAUGACAAUCCCACAGGGGUCAUCCAGAACUACAUUGUUGAUGCCAGGAAACCCUAUGAGGAAUUUGAGUUCUCUGUGCAAUCAGUGAACAGUGUUGGAGAAGCACCGGAACCAAUUACAUAUUACGGCUUCUCCGGCGAAGCUGCCCCAAGUGCUGCUCCAUCAGGUGUUCAAGUUGUUGCCAUCUCAGCUCAAGAGGUCAAUAUUACAUGGGAUCCUGUAUCUCAGGAAGACGCCAAUGGGCAACUCGGAGGCUACAAUGUGUAUUACAAUGCAAGAACAGCAUCUGGUCAGAGCAAGCAGAUGUGCCCUCAGUCACCCUGCAUGUUACGUGACCUUCAAGCAGCAACCACAUAUGAGAUCACAGUCAAGGCUUUCACUGGUGCCGGAGAGGGCCCUGCAUCCGAUAUGGUGACCGUUGUUACUGAUUCAGCUCCACCUGGCCCUGUGUAUAAACUAACAGUUGACCCAUUCUCCUACCGUUUGGUCCUCAAUUGGCAAGAGCCAAUCUUGACGAAUGGAGGCCUUGAGGGAUACAAAGUCAAAAUUCAAAAAGUGUCUGAAUCAAGUGAGACAUUAGAUGAGGAGGAAACCUUUGAAUUCAUGCCUGAAGAUGAACUGACACUCAAGUAUAAGACUGAUCCUGAAACAAGGUAUCGUGUAGAGGUUCGGGCUUACAACGAGAUGGGAGAAGGAGAGAUUUCACUGAAGGAACCCACUACUUCCCAAGAAGGAAGACCUUCCAAACCACCUGCACCAGAGAUUGAUGGAAUAGGAACUGACCAUGCUAACUUCACAUGGGAUAUAACUAAUCUCAAUCCUACUGUAUCUCUUGUUGAAAUCCAAUACAAACUGAAAGACGACCAAGAAUUUCAAACCUCUGAACAGUUUGACGUUCUAGACGAAGACCUCAUUAUGGUGAGUGGACUAGAAUCAUCAACGACCUACACGGCACGAUUGCGUGUUACGAAUGAUGCAGGCAGUACCGUCAGUCCUACAACAGAAUUCAAGACAACUGGCACAGGUGCAUUGGCUGACGAUGGUUUUGUCUUGGGAACCUGGAUGAUUAUUCUCAUCUGUAUCAUCAUCCUCCUUAUCCUCAUCCUUCUAAUCAUCUGUAUCAUCAAGAGCCAGAAGGGAGGCAAAUACAAUGUGUCUGAUAAGGAAAAGCAACUCAACAAAGACAUUGAAAGCACACCACUGAAGGAUGAUGGAGGAUUCGAUGAAUACAAACCUCCCACUGGUGCUGAUGGUGAGCCUCUACGAGGGUCACAGGGCAGUCUGGAUGACAGUGAACAUGGUAGCAGCGAAACAGACAGUCUGAAGGAGUAUGCGGACGGAGAGACUGGCAAGUUUGAUGAAGAGGGAUCCUUCAUUGGACAGUACGGUGAUAACAAGAAACAAAGACAACCAGAUGAUGAGCAGGGAGGAGCAGCUUACUCAACAUUUGUCUGAGAGUUUGCAAACUCAUCAUCAAUUUAAACUCUCUUUGGAUAAAUAUCGUUUGGACUUUUUAGAUUCUUCUUCUUGAGUUGAAGCCCUGUUGGUGUUGGGCAUGAGGGAAGCUGUGAAUUGAACUUGGAUUGAAGUGAUAAGAUUUUGUGAUUAUGCCAAUCGCGAUGAUGUGUUCAAGUAUGUUUCACAAUGGUGUGGAUCUGCUUUCUAAUUGGAGAAAUUUUGAGGUUGUGUUUGGUUAGAAACACCGUUUUCUGUUCUCAGUAAAAUAAAAGUCCUUGUACUUAUAUCUUUAGCAAUGUUGGCAAUGUUAGGAGAUUGGAUUAAAAGUUUACAGCUAUGUAAAGGAUAUGGAUAAGUGUGUGCGCAUUUAAGCGAUAUUCAAGUACAAGUGUGACCCUUUGUGAUCUUAAUUGUAUAUCUAGCUUUGAUUCACAACCAGGAAUGACAGAUGUCACUUGUUAACAAAAUUAUGAAUCCAAGAAUGACCCAAUGAGAGAAGUAAUAACUUGUGCACACAUUUAUCAGUACCUUUAGCAUACUUGUGUUUCUUGUUUACUACUGAAAUUUAGAGUUUAGGUAUAAUGUUUAUGUUUCUCCCUGGUAUAUCUAGUUCCUUUCUUUCCCCAUUCGUUGGUGCUGUCAUGUAAUCAAGCAGUACUAAGAUGUGUUUAGCAUCUUGUUACCAUUCUAAUCGUAUUAUGUGGAUGUCAGUGAUGAGAAUUGGGUGAUAUUAUUUAUGCUUCCUAAAUAUUCUCCUCAUUCCACUCUGCUAGGUUUGAAGUAAAUAGGCCACGUAUUAACCCAUUGCCUAUAGUAAUUAAUCGGUCCAUGUUAUCAGUUUAUUGGAAUGAGAGAAUUUAUUAGUCAUUGGGUUAAAUAUUCAGCUGUGAUGAUUCGAAGCAUGUCAGACGUUCUUGCCAAGCAUUUAUCAUCACCCCUGCUUCAAAAUAUGCCUAUUUCUUUCACUUUUGCAUGCAUAUUGGCUAUAUUCAGCCAGAAUAUUGAGACAAUCUCCAACCAUCACAUCUGCCAAAGUGUCGACAAAAGGCAAAUAUGUGAUGUGAUUAGACCUACUUGGAAAAGCUGGUCACAGUGUUCUGUUUCAUUAGAUAAUCCCAAAAAGAAAUGGGCUGCUACGAGAAAACUUCUGCUGGCAGAUAAUAUUGGAAUGUGGCUUGCUCAGGAAACAAACUGUGGUGCAGAGCACACCGUAUGAGAAAGGGGCAUACUGUUUAUUACUUUGCUGUCUAAUGCAGUCAUCCACUACAUCUUAUUGCCUUGGUGUGUUCACAGAUAAUUCUGUAUGUCAGACAGCAAUUUAAUGAGAAUAUGCCAUAUAUUUAGAGUGCACGACAUUGUAAUCUUGUCUCACUAGAUGACAUUAGAGCAGGCCCUUACAUUCUCUUCUCAUUCCAAAGUAAACAUUUAAACUUUGGCCCUGUAGCACAAAGUAUAACAAUUGGUUGUACCAUUGAUAUGUGUAAUUGAUUGCCCAUAAUGAUGGCAAUGGAAUCAGUUCCAAUAAUCAAUUGCUUAUCUUUGUGGUAUAGGAGCCUGAACUGCACAUAUAAUUCCAUAACCCGGCCAACAGUUGUCAACAUUGUUGAUCCUUAUAAUAAAGCAACCUUGUUCCCCUACAUCCUAUUUUUUUUUACUUUUUCAUCAAGAAUUUAAAUUCAUUAAAUCAAACUAUCAUUAUCAGGUAACAAACCAAUUUUUGUGUGAUGAAUUAUAUUUUAUUUAUUCAAGUGAUCAUAGUCAUCAUAUUUGGCAAAAGAUAAUGUUUUUAAUUGUAUCAAGAAAUUAGAUAAUGUAAGCAUACUAAAUUACUGACAUUUUGUUUGUUUCAUGGAAGCAACCAAAUGCUUCAAUAUGGUGAAUAUAAACAUCAUUUUGGUUUCUAAAGAAAAAAAGCUAGCAUAGAAUAUAAGCUAGAAUAUGUUUUGCAAUAGUUCUCAUUUUUAUAUGUUCUUAAGAUGUACAAAGGUUUUUGACCAAGUCAAACAUCUUGUAUAUUAUUGUGAGUUUUAUACUGUUUCAAUUUUUUGAGAUGCAUUAAAAAACCUUGUAUUUUAAGUUUUACUUCCAGACUUUUACAAACUUAGAAUGUAUAUUAUUUUUAUUUAGUCAACAUAAUUGCUUUAAAAUUGAUCAUUCAAGCAUUAAGCAAGUUUUCAGUAGCAGAAAAUAUUUUUCAAACAACUUGCUCAUUCGAAUUUGUUUGAUUGUAUUGAUCAGAUUCUGGGGUAAUUUUUUUCCUCUCAGAUUUAAAGAUUAAUGAUGGCUUUAUUUUCAUCAUUAAUCAGAAUAUUUUAAUGCACUUCGUCUAACACAAUGCAAUGUUUUUUUUAUUUAAAGUUAACAAUGAUUUGGUUAUCGUUUUGGAAAAAGUGUGUAAAUUAUGCUGAAUACAAGCUUUGUUGGUAAAUUCAUAGUCAUAGGAAAGACCUUUUUUCACAUGUUAGUUCAUUCCAGAAUUAUAUUUUAAAGGUGAAUAUAAUUUCUGUAACUUUUCUCCAUUUUUCCAUUGCUUUAGAGCAGUGAUAUUUAUUAGGAUGAUAUAAAGUCUGUUUGUAAAUAAUUACAAUGUGUUUAUUGAGAGAGUUAGUUUAUGUCAAGGUUUGAAUUUCCUUGGCUGAGAACUCGUGUGUUCAACAUGUGAAAAUGAGAUUGAUAUAGGUACUGUAAAAUUGUGAGUGGUUUUAUAUCAACAGAUUGUGAUUCAUUCUUAUGCAAUGACAAGAGUGAAAGGCUAAUUAAUGCCUCUUACACUGACAUGACUUCAUGUCACAGUCAAAUGUUUUUAAUAUGGAAAUAAGAAUAAGGUGGUUUUUAAAAGAGCAAUUGGACAUGGACUUUUAUUCUUUUCACCUGUAAAAUAUUAUAAAAAAAAUUGUGAUAAAGGAAUCACUUGCUUUCAAGCACAUUUUAAAGGAUUUAUUGUUCAAAUUAUAAUUGAUGUUCCAAACGUUUGCAUUUAAGAUGGAGAAUUGAGCAAACUUGUUUGUAAGUUCCUGAAAUGUAUUUUUUUCAACGUGUAAACUUUCACAGUGCAAAUUGAUCAGUGUGUAGCGAGCGAUAUGAUAUUCACUUUUACAUAGUCGUAUAUACUUGUAGAUAAUGAUACUUGGGUCAGGAGUAAAGAUAAUUAUGGGGAAAUAUUAUGUUCCAUUGCAUGCAUCCUUUUAUCCGAUAUGCAAGAGAGAAAUUAUGAAUAUUCAAUUUCAUUUUUAGUCUGACCAAGUGGCUAUAGAUAUCUUAAAGCCAAUAAUAACAUUUUGUAAUACACAACAUAUUCUAUAGAGGGGGGUCAAAAUUUAGAACUAGUAAUAUGAUGGGACGAUUGGGAAAUAGGAUGUACGUGGUUAAUGAAGAUGUGUACAAUGUAUCCAAUCUUGACUGAAAAAAAAAUCUUGUAUGAAUUAGAUUUGCAGUGAAAGACACUUAUUGUGAUUUUCAGGCCUUUAAGAUACAAUUGUCUCAAAAUCAUUUGUACAUUUUGAAGUUAAAACCUGCAAUUAUCAUGUUUAGUGUAUGUAUGUUAGAUCACUAUAAACUACAUUGCCACAUGAUUGGAACAGUAGUAUAGCACACCAAGUGUAGAUAUAUUAGUCAGUGUUAGAACCUAGUCGUAUAUGUCAAGAUGUUGUCAUAUUAAUCUCUGUAUCAUUUCUCAAUUGAAAUUCUUGCAACAAACAAUUGAAGAUCAAGUGUAUAUACAUGCAAAAGCAUUGUGUAUUUACUCAAUGAUACAUGCAUCUUUGGAGAUAAGAUAUCAAUGAAUGCGAUGUUUGAUGUUAUAAUCCCAAGAUUUUGGUUACACAAAUGACAUGGAGUACUCAUAAAAUUCAAUAGCGACUUGUGUAUUUUUCUGACCAUCUUCUUGAACAUUGUACUGUAGUGUCUUCUUAGAAGUAAUUAUGAAGAAAUGGGACAUUCUUCUCUCUUUUUUCCUUGUAUAUUCAGCUUGCCAGGUUUAGUGUUAUUGUUUUUAUUUCAAUCAUAAUCUUGAUUUUUUUUCUGCUUCUUCCUAUCUUUUCUCUGCUGAAAGAUGACCUUUCAUUUUAUUCUUGUUUGAAAUUCAUAAUCAUGCAUUCAGAUACUAAAUGUAGUACUUUAUCAACAUAGCGUCAUAUAGGUUUUUUAUAUGAGUCAUUUAAAAGCAGCAUAUUUCAAUUUGUUUUCUGUUUGUGUAUUUUUAUUCAUUUGCAUUAUUUUCUACUGCUAGAUGUUAGAAGUAGAGAGAAAGCUGGUUUGAUCCAUCAUGGGUCUUGGUGAUUGUUUCUAUGCUGCCGUGCGCUCUUUUUUUUUUAAACAUGCAAUCAAAGAUAGAUAAAAAUCAGAAGCAGAUUUUAAGAUUUAUAUUGUAUAGUUGUGUUGUUGCUUUGCUUGUAUUUAAAGACAAUAAUCAGCGCAACAAAAGAAAUAUAUGCCCCUAUUCCACCUUGGUUUGUACAUUGUUGUAUUUGUGGAAUUGAUAGGGUAAGUGAAGCUGUUUAUAGUCUUUAAUGAUAAUUAUAUAAGAUGUUUUGUCUGUUUUCAGCAUAAAGAAUUGAUUCUUUUUAUUUCCAUCGCCUGUUAUUUGUGUCAAAAUGAUACUCAAUUAAAAUAGUUGUCAAUUGUUCAAAACAUUA